AUGAGGAAAAGAAGAUACGUACCGCAACCUUUGGGCAAACGAUUUGGAAAAUCGGAUCUCGACAGGAUUGGGUAUUUUCACGAUCCAUCCCCGGCGCCCUUCGACAAGUAUGAAGGAAUUCCUGUGAAGUUUCGCGAAGGUAUUGAAAAGGGACGUCAAAUGCUGCCGGGGCCGCCAGCUGAUCUAUUCGAGGAGAAAUUCGUGCGAAUUUUCAAUGGAGAGGCAUUGUACGAGCCAUGGCGCAUCGAAGCGGAAGAACGGCUUGCACGCGAACGGGCAAAAAUCGCCGGUGUUAUGUUGCCAACCUCUCCUGCCAAGAAGCACUCGACACCAGGUGAUUGGCACGGAUGUUUCGAGAAAGUCAGUUACUUCAGUCCUGCAGUAAGGGAACACAGGAGAGGGAAACCUGAACCUGAGCCACCAAAUGUGAAGAUCAAGCCCAAUCCUCUCGGUGGUCCAGGAUAUGCGGACAUUUGCUUGAAUCCCUAUCCAUCGUAUUCUCACGAACCUUACGAUCUUUUGUUCUCUGACACGACUAUAGAACGCUUGGGACGAUUUUUGACCACCAGUGGACCAAUGGAUUAUUUCCCACCGAAUCCUUACGAGGACAAACAUCCUGGACCCACUUACGUUCGGCCAAUCGAUGUUACGCCUAAGAUGAUAGGUCCGGGUCGACUGGUCGUUCCAUUUCCAAAGAAAUCCGGUGGAAACCACUCUGGUUGCUUCGACAAAUUUCCAACAUACUCCAGUGACCCAUACGAUAAGGAUAUUAAGGAAACGAAGAAAAUGGUCGGCGUGUUUGUCAGUGGUGGACCACCACGGCGAACCAAAUAUACCACUAGUAUUAUAAAUCAAGUCACUAGGAUAUCUUGCAACGCGACGAAUUAUAUGGACUAUCAGCCUCAAGUUUAUCCUUUGAACAAAUAG